UUGUGGUCGCCCAAAAAAAAUGACCGAUAUCGUCGUGACCAGAAGAGAAAAAUUUUCCCGUAGGUUUCACAAACAAACUGAUACAGGUCUAACUCUUGUUUGGGUGUAAGAACACUCGAUUCUCUCCAACCUCUCCACGAACUAUUUCCGUGACACGAUAUUCAACAUGUGUGGUGUUUCGGCCAUUUUGCUGGGUGACCAGGAGGCUACCUCCGCUGCCAUUGAUCUCCACGAGACAUUGUAUUAUCUCCAACAUCGUGGACAAGAUGCUGCAGGUAUCGCUGUCUGCCAGGGUGGACGGGUUUCUCAAUGCAAGGGUCUCGGUAUGGCCAGCAAGGUCUUUUCUGAUGGCCGACGACUUGAGCAUCUCCCCGGUUACAUGGGCCUGGGCCAUGUUCGUUACCCUACCAUGGGAACUGCUUCUGCCUCCGAAGCUCAACCUUUCUACGUCAACGCCCCUUUCGGUAUCUCCAUGAGCGUCAACGGUAACCUCGUCAACACCGAAUACCUCCGCAAGUUCCUCGACGAGGAAGCCCACCGACACGUCAACUCCGAUUCCGACUCAGAGCUCCUCCUCAACAUCUUCGCCCACGGCCUCCAGCAGCUCGGCAAGACUCGCGCCAACUCGGAGGAUAUCUUCACUGCUCUCGGCGAUGUCUACGCCAAGUGCCAGGGCGCUUUCGCAUGCACUGCCAUGAUCGCUGGUUUUGGCAUUCUUGCGUUCCGUGAUGCCAACGGUAUCCGACCUCUUUGCAUUGGUUCUCGACCUUCCGCCACACUCCCCGGCACUGAAGAUUACCUCGUUGCCUCCGAAUCCGUUGUGCUGAAGCAGCUCGGCUUCUCGAACAUCGUCGACAUCCUCCCCGGUCAGGCCUGUUUCCUGCAGAAGGGAUGUGGUCCCAAGUUCCGUCAGAUUGUCAACGACCGACCUUACACACCCGAUUGCUUCGAAUUCGUAUACGUUGCUCGUCCUGACUCAACCAUGGACGGAAUCUCGGUGUACCGCAGCCGACAAAACAUGGGAGAGAAGCUGGCCAAGAAGGUCCGCGCGGUUCUCGGAGAGAAGGGAGUUCAAGAGAUUGAUGCAGUCAUCCCUGUUCCAGAGACAAGUAACAUCGCCGCUGCUACUCUUGCUGAGAAGCUUGGCAAACCAUACGUCACAGCUCUAAUUAAGAACCGAUAUGUUCAACGAACCUUCAUCCUUCCCAACCAAGCUCUUCGAAUGAAGAGUGUUCGCCGCAAGCUUUCACCCAUCGACUCAGAAUUCCGAGGAAAGAACCUCAUCCUAGUGGAUGAUAGUGUCGUGCGUGGCACUACAUCUGGACAAAUCGUUCAAAUGGCUAGAGAAGCUGGUGCUGCUAAGGUCAUCUUUGUUUCAGCCUCUCCAGAGUGCAUAUAUCCCCAUAUCUAUGGCAUUGAUCUUGCGGACCCUGUUGAUUUGGUUGCUCAUGGCCGAACAAACCAACAAAUUGCCGACUACAUCGGUGCCGACCAGGUCAUCUUCCAAGAUCUUGAUGGGCCUGAUGGUCUGAAGGCCGCGUGUAUGGAGGCUGCUGAGGACACGAGUAAGGUCACAAGUUUUGAAACCGGUGUUUUCAGUGGCUGUUAUGUCACAGAAGUGCCGGAAGGAUACUUCGAACAUCUCAGUGAUCUCCGUAGCGGCAAGCGGAAGGCGAAGACCACCUUGACGAACAUCAAGGCUGGUGGUGAUGAGGGCGGAAACGUGGUUGUCAGCUCUGGGCCUACAAAUGGGCCUGAGGCUGAUGAGCGAGAAGAUAUCAGUCUUCACAACAUGGCUAGUGAACAGAUCACAACCUCAUAGGUGCUGGGAAUGAGGCACAAGAGUAUUUGAAUAAUGGAAUCAUACUCGCCCUGGAGCAGAGUAUUGCGCUGCACAAGACGAAUGAGUUUCAGUACGGGCUUGGAAUUGGGAUUUAAAGACGAAAAAUAGAAUGGCGUGUCAGACUUUGAUCUAUGAUGCCACGAAAAAUAAUACAGCCGGUAGGGCUGCCAGCCAGCUGUUAGCAAGAGUACGGUCAUAGAGUCACAGUCUUGGCUGACAGCCCUGCGAGGCAUGAGGAUACUAGAGAUGCCGCGAGGCCUAGAUGGGUACGAGAUUACGAAAAGCCAAAUUUAUGAGCGUUGUUUGAACUAUUGCUUGACCAA